AUGGAAAAGGAGAUUGACAAGUUGUUUGUGGCACCUGAAUUUGCUACUGGUUCAGAUGCAGAGAAAGUGUUGACUGACAUGGCUGGAGCUAUGAGAACAAAAUACAAUAAGUAUUUUGUUAAAUAUCAAGAUUUGAACAUGUUAGUGUUGAUUGCACUUGUUUUGGAUCCAAGGUUCAAGUUGAGGCAUAUCACCCAUCUCUUUAAAAAGGAAAAAUUUGAUGAGGAUGAUGUGCAAAUAAAGACAAGAGAAGUGAAAAGUGUGUUAAUGGCUCUCUAUGAUGAGUAUGUACCAAAGGUAGAUGGUGGCAUUCACAUGAGACAAAAUUCUACCACAGAAAAUAUAGGAUCUGCAAGUGGUAGUAAUAAUAUUGGAGAAAGUGUUGGUGAUGAUUUUCUAGAUGAUUGGAUUAGGGAGGUGGAAGAGAGUGAUGAGACUGUGGUGUCACAUGAAGUUGAUUCUUACUUGACAGAUCCUUUGGCAUUUGUUUCCAAAGAUGUUUUUUUUGACAUAUUGAUGUGGUGGAAACUCAAUGGACCCAAGUAUCCUGUCUUAGCAGCAAUUGCGAAGGAUGUCCUUUCAAUUCAACCUUCCACAGUGGCAUCUGAGAGUUGUUUUAGCACUGGUGGCAGAGUCAUAGAUGCAUUUAGGAGUUCAUUAACUCCUAGAUCAGUGGAGGCUUUGAUAUGCAUGCAAAAUUGGUUGAAAGGGGAUGAAAUUUCAAACUUAGAAGAUACACCUUCGAUUGAAGAAUUUGAAUUUUAUGAAACCAUUGAAUCAGAAUAUGCAAAUGAUGGGGAUACUUGA